AAUGAAAACGAGAACCCACCCCUGCCUCCCUAACGCCGAGUCCGAAGCCAAUCCGGUGGCUCUUCAUUCUUCAAAGGAAUCAAAGACGAGGAAUGAGGGAUUGACGGAUCUGUGCUGUUCAAUCCCUCUGAUAAGGCAAUCGCUCGUAUUCCCCAAGUUGAGGAAACAAAGUGAUCGGUAUUCCAAUUGGGAGAAGUAGAUGGGGAAUUUGUUCGUCAAGAAGCCCAAAGUCACCGAUGUUGAUAAAGCGAUUCUUUCUCUCAAGACGCAGAGACGCAAACUAGGUCAAUAUCAACAGCAGCUUGAUGCUGUCAUUGAAGCAGAAAAGAACGCUGCAAGAGAGUUAGUUCGACAAAAGAAAAAGGAUAGGGCCUUGUUAGCUUUGAAGAAGAAAAAGGCACAAGAAGAAUUGUUAAAGCAAGUUGAUGCCUGGCUGAUUAAUGUUGAGCAACAAUUGUCAGAUAUUGAAUUGGCCAGCAAACAGAAAGCUGUUUUUGAAAGUUUGAAGGCUGGUAAUAAUGCUAUCAAAGCUAUACAAAGUGAAAUUAAUAUAGAUGAUGUCCAAAAGCUGAUGGAUGAUACCGCUGAAGCUAAGGCAUAUCAAGAUGAAAUGAAUGCCAUCUUAGGAGAGAAAUUAUCAGAAGAAGAUGAGGAGCAAAUCUUAGCAGAAUUUGAAGGCUUGGAAGCUCAGCUCACUGUUGAAGAUCUGCCUGAGGUCCCAACAUCCGAAGAAAAUGCUGAAAAGUUGGAUCUUCCCAACGUACCAACCAAAAAACCUGUUGCAGCGGAUGCCAUUGAAGAAGAUGCUGUAAUUGUUUCAUCUGAUGCCUCCACAAAGAGAAGAGUUAUGGAAGAACCAUUGCCAGCAUAAGUGUUUGGUAUACUUGAUCGAGGUUGGUGAAGUGGUUUGUGCUGAGACUCUGUUAUUUGCUUUUGUUAUUUAUUAUGUCUCAUUCACCAAUAUGAUGUUGUACAGACACUUCCUUAUGCACAUAUAUAAAUUUAUUUUCUCUGUUUAGGGGUCUGUUUUAUA